GCGCACGUCGUCCUCGGGAGGCAGACCCUCGGCUCGACCUGCCCCUCGUCCUCCGGGUCUCCGCGCCCCCACCUCGACCAAACCAAAGACCAUGGUGCACUGUGCCGGCUGCAAAAGGCCCAUCCUGGACCGCUUCCUCUUGAAUGUGCUGGACAGGGCCUGGCACGUCAAGUGCGUCCAGUGCUGCGAAUGUAAAUGCAACCUGACCGAGAAGUGCUUCUCCCGCGAAGGCAAGCUCUACUGCAAGAACGACUUUUUCCGGUGUUUCGGUACCAAAUGCGCUGGCUGCUCCCAGGGCAUCUCCCCUAGCGACCUGGUGCGGAGGGCGCGAAGCAAAGUGUUUCACCUGAACUGUUUUACCUGCAUGAUGUGUAACAAGCAACUCUCCACUGGCGAAGAGCUGUACAUCAUCGACGAGAACAAGUUUGUCUGCAAAGAAGAUUACCUAAGCAACAGCAGUGUCGCCAAAGAGAACAGCCUCCACUCGGCCACCACGGGCAGCGAUCCCAGUUUGUCUCCUGACUCCCAAGACCCGUCGCAGGACGACGCCAAGGACUCGGAGAGCGCCAACGUGUCGGACAAGGAAGGGGGCAGCAAUGAGAAUGACGACCAGAAUCUGGGCGCCAAGCGGCGGGGUCCGCGCACCACCAUCAAAGCCAAACAGCUGGAGACCCUGAAGGCUGCCUUUGCCGCCACGCCCAAGCCCACGCGCCACAUCCGGGAGCAGCUGGCCCAGGAGACCGGCCUCAACAUGCGCGUCAUCCAGGUCUGGUUCCAGAACCGGCGCUCCAAGGAACGGAGGAUGAAGCAGCUGAGUGCGCUGGGCGCCCGGCGCCACGCCUUCUUUCGCAGCCCGCGGCGGAUGCGGCCGCUGGUGGACCGCCUGGAGCCGGGCGAGCUCCUCCCCAACGGGCCCUUCUCCUUCUACGGAGAUUACCAGAGCGAGUACUACGGCCCCGGGGGCAACUACGACUUCUUCCCGCAAGGCCCCCCGUCCUCGCAGGCCCAGACGCCAGUGGACCUGCCCUUCGUGCCGUCGUCUGGGCCGUCCGGGACACCGUUGGGCGGGCUGGAGCACCCGCUGCCAGGCCACCACCCGUCGAGCGAGGCGCAGCGCUUCACCGACAUCCUGGCGCAUCCCCCGGGAGACUCGCCGAGCCCCGAGCCCAGCCUGCCAGGGCCCCUGCACUCCAUGUCGGCCGAGGUCUUCGGACCAAGCCCACCUUUCUCCUCGCUGUCGGUCAAUGGCGGGGCGACUUACGGCAACCAUUUGUCCCACCCCCCAGAAAUGAACGAGGCGGCAGUGUGGUAGCGGGUGUCGCCUGGUCCGCCGCGUUCGUGGUUGUACAGAAACGAACCUUUAUUUAAGAAAAAGAAAAAAAACCAUGAAAAACAAAGUCCUCCCUACCUUUUUCCAUCUUUGGGGACCGCUCAACAACGGCUUGGGAGACAGGAUGGGGAAAGGGGACAAGAACUAGGAUCCAAAUCCACCUCGAGGCGGGACUGGGUCUGCUUGCUGGCGGGAAAAGUACAGGUCUGGGGCUCUCGUCUCCCACUCGGACCCCGACCCUGGAAGAGACCCCACGGGUGUGCGCGCCUGGGCCACAGGGCGGUGAUGGGGUGACAGUCAGUGGUGACGGUGACGGUGACGCCAGGAGCCGCGGGGAGGGAAGCUGCAAGGCUCGGACCAGUGAGGGCGGAGAAACGGCCGGCGCCCAGGCCGGCCAGGAGGGUUCUGACUGGGAAGAGCCCGCUUAGUGUUCUCAGUGCAGCCACAGCGACCAUAAACUCUCAUAGCUUCAGAACCGCCGACCUGCUGCGCAUCAGGUGGGACUAUAUACAUAUAUAUAUAUUUUGUCUACCUGGGUUUUUUGUUUUGUUUUUGUUUUUGCCAAAAUUGCAAAAUUCUAAAUGUAAAGCCCUCAGUAUCAACUCUUCUACCUUCACAAAACUCUCCAACACACUUAAUGCAGAUAAACACGCAGACACACUAGUUAGAACGAGUUCCAGCCAGACCUCUCACUAAAAUGACUUGAACAUUAGCCGUACAAGAAAAAUAUUCUACCUUCACACACUCCAAGUUAAAAAAAAAGACUAUUGAACUAAAAACAGUCAACUGUUUACGUAUAAUACUAAAUUCAGGAGUUCAGUGUUUUACUAAUCUAUACUGUUUUGAAACCUCUUGUUCAAGGACAAAAUGUUUUGAGCAAUCAACCAAAAUUGUUCCUUUUCUUUUUCUGUAGAUGUUCUGACAGAUUUGCAGGGCUUUCAGCUCACUGUGCUAGUAUGUAAAAAAAAAAGGUGUUGUUUACACGAGGCAAAGAGAAAAUUCAGUCAGUUGCCAAAUAGAAUAAUUAUAGCACAAAUACUGUAAAGGUGCCUGGCACCAGCGACUUGAGAAAGUGUUUAAAAACAAACAAACAAACAAAAAAGUGUUACAAGGUUUAAAAAAAAUCUUUGCUAAUUUUUAGUCCUGUUGAACAUUCAUGGAAUUGUUAAUAAUGACUUAUAUAGACCCACACAGGUUUUAUUUUUGUGUCUUUAAAAUAAAAGUCCAAAAUAUUUAAAUUUUAUGGUCAAAUAUGCAGUCAACAGCUGCUACUUUUUCCUUUAUAUAUUAAAUUUCUCAUAUGUCUUUUAUUGUUCGAAUAAACCUAAGCUCGUGUGACCUCCAGUGCAUAUUAGACCAUUCACUGUAUGAAAGAAAACAUGUUGAAUAAAUUUGUGAGUUUUUAAUAAAAAUAGAAAAUCCGAUGUUUA